UAUUAUCCUCAUCCUUCAAACUGUGCUGUAUUUUAUCGAUGUUUCUGGGGUUCCGCAUAUGAAUUCAACUGCCCAGCUGGUACUUACUGGAGUCAAAGAUUAAGAACCUGUGACCAUGCUUACAAUAACCCAUGUGUUUAUAACUAUGGAGCAAGCAGUACA